CAACGAGCGGGACAAUGCAAAAUGCCCAAAAUGGAAUUUAAGUCAGGACAACAGAUCAACCAUUCAGUCAAUGCAUUUUAAAUGGGCUGCAGCGGAGAGGUUAAGGUGUAAGAAGCAAAAAGCAUUAGACCACAUGCUAACUAAUUAAUCAAGCUGCACCUGGUCUUAAUUUGGCAGUAUAUCAGGGAAAGAGCAUGUUCUGCUCAGUUUAUCUGUUUUUCUACAGCAGGUACGUUUGUUUUAAAGGUGUCUGUUUAUUGAUUAUUCUUAAUUGCUUUGAUUGUGGAUAAUUUGAUGAAAUAUUUAGUAUGUUCAUUUUGUUUGUUGUUUGUAAUGACCAUGUGUUCAAAAUGGCAACUCCUUUCAAGUGUUUUCUCUUUACUUUAAUUAGUUGUCUUAUGCUAGUCUAUUGUUUGAUUUGUAAUGCAAUUCUGGAGUUUAUUGGAAGGUUGUUUAAUGUUAGGAAUUUUGUGUGUGUGUGUUUUGGUAAAGUGAUGCACAAGAAUUUACUAAUUCUGAUUCAGAUUGUUUGCAAAUUAUUUAAACAAAGUAAUUUAGUCUUUGUAGUCUACACUAUAUUUUCUUGAAAAUUAUGUUGGUAAUUGGUAAAGUUUAAUAAAGAGUUUAUUAUUAACUGUUUCUUUUUUUUUUUUUGUGUGUGUGAAAUGUGUAAAUUGAAUCUAUGCUAAACAAUGCUUCUUUUUAUGUGUGCUGGUAAAUUGACAAGAGUGUGAGUUGAGGUAACAUUUAUAAUUCUUGUAGAUGUAAAAACAAAAUUGAAUGUACUUUUUAAAUGUAUGUUAUGUAACUUAUCACUCUUUUUUGCAUGUGCUGGUACACUGGUAAAAGAGUUGAGGUAUUUCAAACUUUUUGAACUUUAUUCAAAUGUAUUUAGAAUAUACUGCUGAAGUAAAUGUUUAACAAAGCAUGGCUGACAAGUGUAACUUUUUCUUUUAUGCGUGGUGGUGCACUGGUUAAAGACUGUGAGCUGAGGUAAGGCAAUUCUUUGUAACCAUUAAAAAUGAAUUUGGAAUGUACUGCUGAACUGUUUUUUUAUUAUUGUAAAAUGAAGCAUGGCUGACAAGUAUAACUUUUUUUCUUUUAUGCAUGGUGAUGCACUGGUUAAAGACUGCGAGCUGAGGUAAGGCAACUUUUGUAACCAUUAAAAACAAUUUAGAACAGUGCUGAAGUAAGUGUUUAAUUGUAUAACAAAGCAUUGCUGACAAGUAUACCUUUUUUUUUCUUUAAUGUGUGGUGGUGCACUGGUUAAAGACUGAGUUGUGUGAGUUGAGGUAAGGCAACUUUUGUAACCAUUAAAAACAAUUUAGAACCGUGCUGAAGUAAGUGUUUAAUUGUAUAACAAAGCAUGGCUGGCAAGUAUACCUUUUCUUUCAUUUGGGGUGGCACAUUGGUUAAAGACGGAGUUGAGACUGCUUUCACUUGCGGCAGAGAGGCGGCGCUUGCGGCAGAGAGUCGUUUGGCUAUUGUCAAGAGAGUCGGCAUGCCGCGACCGAAGAAGAGGGCAACGAUAGCCAAACGGCUUUAUGCUCAGAGACGUGCAAAUACAGAGGUUACGCUGAAUCCUCUUAAAAAAAAUGAGGCAUUGCUGUCAUCAAAAGCUGGCAGCAUUGAAAACCCUUGCAAACUGGCAUCAGUAAAUGCAUCAGUAAACAUUGCAAACUCGCAUCUGUCAAAUACGCAAACCCUUGAAAACCCUUGCAAACCCUUGAAACCCAUUGAAAACCCUUGCAAACCCUUGCAAACCCUUGAAAACUCUUGCAAACCCUUGAAAACCCUUGAAAACCCUUGCAAACUCGUAUCCGUAAACCUUGCAAACUUGCAUCUGUCAAAUACGCAAACCCUUGCAAACCCUUGCAAACCCUUGAAAACCCUUGAAAACUUUCCACAGAAAUCAGUGCAGAAAGUUUCUCUCGGUCAAGCAGUUGGCAGCAGUUUUCCACGACCUUCUGGUAAAGCCCUUUACAGUGAAGUUGUAAAACGCUCUUCCAAGGUAUGUGAAUCAGUCAAGACUGAGGUAAGGACAUAUGAUUUUCAAGUAGACUCAGGCAAGGUCAGUCGACCCCAGAUGAGGUACCCAAUGAAAAGCAAAUCAAAACCCAUGCAAUCUGAACAAAACAUUCCUGCAAGUUCCCAUGAAAGUGCUUUGGGUGUUUGUUCUGAUUUUCCACAGAAACCCAUGCUAAAAGGAUCUUUUGAUCAAGCUGAUUCCCGCUUUGGAAAUUCACGCAACAGGCAGUGUGGAGCCAUCAGUUUGACGGCGGUGUUGAAAAGCAAGCUGAAGAAUGUGCUGAUGUGGUCAACACCAGAUCUGGACGGUGUCUUGGUUGCAGGAACACGCCUCUAUGAGUAUCUGAAAAAACAUGGUAACAUAAAAGACAGACAAGUCAAGGGUAGGAAUUACAUUGCAGUCCAUGAAUUACCGAGGAGACACAUGUUGGGUAAUACUACAUUUUCCAUUGAGUACACUCCUUCUCUGACUGGUUUUGUUAAUGUCAAUGAGUACCAUGAGUAUGACCAAGCCAUAAGCAGUGUAGCCAUGCCACUUGAUGUAGCCCUUCAGCAAACUCUACUUAGUGCUGAUGCUUUCUUGUUAACCAUUUGUGCCAACACAUCUGCAGUUAUUAAGCAGGGGUCAUGGUAUGCAGUCGUUGACUCUCAUGCCAUCAGGACAGACACAAGUUGUGUAGUUUAUCACAGUACCAUAGAGUCUCUGUAUAACUAUAUCAAUGAGAUGGCACAGUUGUUUGGGGAACCUAAGCCACCAUUUGAGAUAACUGGAGUUUUGGUUCAUGCAGAUGCAGAAUUGUCUGAUCCGCUUCAAGAAGCAGGCAGCAGCAGUUUCCCAUGCUCUUCCGGUAAAGCCCUCUUAAAACGCACAGCAAAGGUACGUGAAUCUGUGAAGACUGAGCCAAAGACCCCUGAUUAUCCAGUACCUGUGGAUGAACUUGCAGACGUGAGAAACCCUAACCUUCCAACGCAGACAGCCUCUGUGUUGCCAAGGAAAGGUAAAAGAUUGAGGAAAGAAAAGCACAUUGAGCUGUCAGGUAAACGGGUUACAAAAUCACAUGCUGAAACCGUUGUAACCGAUGACUUGAUGAUCACUGAUGUUUCAGUUCCAGAUGUCUUUUUUUCUCCCUUAACACAUAAUGAUAAGCAAGCUUUAUGUGAGCUCAUACAAAUGUCCAAUGAUAACAGUGACCAUAAUGUCAUAAACUUUGGUCCCAUAUCAGCUCCGUGUCAGACAAAGACCAUUAAACCAGACGGCAACUGUUUUUUCAGAUCAUUGGCACAUGUGAUAUGUGGAAGUGAGGAGAAACACUUGAAGGUUCGCCGUGCAGUUGUGAAACAUCUUAAGAUGAAUACUCCGCUGUUUGAGAGGUACGUGAGAAGUGAGUAUUCUUCAGCAGAGGAUUAUCUGACACGAUCUAGAAUGUUUUAUUCUGGCUCAUGGGUAACCGAAAUUGACAUAUUUGUUGCGGCCGAUCUUUUCAAAACCACAAUAAUGACUUUUAAUGACGGCCGAUGGAAUGCGCACAAACCUAACGGAGAGGUAUCCACUCAGAAUGCAAUUUAUCUGAAACACUGUAACCGUAAUCAUUAUGAAGUUGUGACGUGUGUUAAGCACAGGGAUCGAGAUUCUGUUUGUGCAGGAGCAUGUGGAAAUGUGGUCUCAAAUGAGGUCAGCAAACCAUGUCUGCGUAAGAGAAAGGUAAGCGAUGCUGCAGAAUGUUGUCCCACCAAAAGGCAUCGAGACCGAUAUCACAACGACAGUGAGUACAGACAAAAACAAUUGACGUACAAAAAGUCAAAGUAUGGUAAUGACCCGGAAUACAGACAGAACAAAAUUGAGCAUGCCAAAGCUAAAUAUUGUGAUGCCAUUUACAGGGGGAAAAAAAUUGAGAAAGCCAAAACAAAAUAUUCUGAUGACACAGUUUACAGGGGGAAAAAAAUUGAAUAUGCCAAAACAAAAUAUUCUGAUGACACCGUUUACAGGGGAAAAAAAAUUGAAUAUGCCAAAACAAAAUAUUCUGAUGACACAGUUUACAGGGGGGAAAAAUUGAAUAUGCCAAAACAAAAUAUUCUGAUGACACCGGUGCAAAUUAUGGAUCUGUCUAACGUGUCAUCGAAAAAUUCUUUGUGGACAACUGCCUGA